AUUUCCUCGUUUAUUAGAAGAGCAGGAAAACUAGAGAGAGAUUCCUUGCCGUCUCCCCGAGUCACAUCGUAUUCCCCCGACCAGGUUCUAGAGAAAAACCCCGCGUCCGGUGCGCGAGCCAUGGCGGAAGAGCCCAGCCCGCAGGUGGUGGAGAGGGAGGUGGAGGUGGAGCGCGAGGAGGGCAGGCCGAGGCUGAGGCGGCUGGAGUUCGUGCACGUGGCGGCGGCGCAGGCAGCGCUGUGCCUCGCGGGGCUCUACGCGCUCGCCAGGGACCACUCCGGCCCGCUCCGCCCCGGCGUCGACGCCGUCGAGUCCGCCGUCAGGGGCGUCGCCGGCCCCGUCGUCGGCCGCUUCAAGGACGUCCCCCUCCACGUCCUCGCCUUCGUCGACCGCAAGGUGGACGGCACGGUGCAGGAGCUCGACAAGCACCUCCCGUCGUCGCUGAAGGCCGCGUCCGCCCGUGCCUACGCGGCAGCCCAAGGCGUGCCGGAGGCGGCGAGGGAGAUCACCAGCGAGGCGCAGCGGUCGGGCCUGUCUGGCGCAGCCCGCGUCGCGUACGGGAAGGUCGAGCCAGUGGCCAAGGACGUGCUCGGUAAGAUCGAGCCGGCGGCCAAGGACCUCUACACGCGCUACGAGCCUGCGGCAGAGCACCUCGCCGUGUCCACCUGGCGCGCGCUCAACGGCCUGCCGCUGUUCCCGCACGUGGCGCAGAUCGUCGUGCCCACGGCCGCCUACUGGUCAGAGAAGUACAACAGCGUGAUCGCCUCCGCUGCCCAGCAAGGGUACACCGGGGCGCGCUACCUCCCGGCCAUCCCCACCGAGCGCAUCGCCAAGGUGUUCGGCGAGCCCUCGCCGCCAGAGGCCGCCGAGCCUCUGAAAGGCGGCGGGACCGAGACCCAGUAGGUGCCGGCCAUGCCCUGCCCUGCCAUGAACUACCUGAACUGAGUAAGAUUCUGAAAAUCCAGGGCUGAAGAAGGUUCUACUACUACUAGCACUGUUGUAAGAUCUGUGGCCAUGGAUGGCGAUGAUCAGAUGAUGGUGAUGCUCUACUUGCUAUAUGUUCGUGUGGUGUGCGUUUCUUUGGUACUACUUGCUUUUGUACAAAGUGCCGCGAUCUUUGGCUUAAUCCAAUGCAACUUUAGUCGUACUUGCUUUUGUACAAAGUGUCGCUGUCUCUGGCUUAAUCCAAUGCAAUUUGGUUGUGUGAAGCU